AUGGAGCCGGUAAGGGUUUUCUUUCCCACAGAAGAUGACCUGAAGGAAGUGACUCUCAGCAAAGGACCGGUUUACACGAGCCUCUUUGACGUCACCAUUACUCAGCCCGGCUACUACGCUCUUUCCCCUUUUUGGGAUGCACUUUUUAUGGGCCUUUCAAACAUGCGCCUGGAAUGUCGCUACAGCCUGGAGCCACCAACAGAUCCGUCUGCGGGUGCCCCUUCAUGGUCCACCUCUGCAGGAGCUGUCCUAAGACCUUCAAUGUCUGGGUUGAUGCGGUUAGUGAGCGAAAACACGAGGUUUAUUGGUGAUGCAACGGGCCAUUUCUCAUCACAGUCGGCAAGAUAUGAACAGGAUUGCGGCCCUAAGCUGAUGCAGGGCUCGUUUAGUACCUCACGUUGGCAUGUCUCUAAAGGGGGCAUACUGCCGGGUAGCCCAUCCCAGGGCAUGGUGGAGAACGUUCCUGCUUCCACUGUUGAGAGAAACCAACCAAGGAGUGGCAUCUGUGAGGCGCCUGCUUGCACUGCUGCUGGCUCGAGUGGGGAUCGUUUGACAAAGCCAAACGAGGAACAGUGGAAGCUGACCAAGUCAGCAACUGAGCGUCCCUGUGAUGAGGGUAAGGGAUCUGUGGCGGAGAUAACUUCUGGAGACGACCUGAUCUGUGAGGCGACCAGGGCUUCUGAACUGCCCCCAACAAAAUCCAAUCCCACUGACUCUUCAUGCCUUCCGCAGACAGUGCAAGGGGUAUCUCUCACGGCUCUCUUUGAGGAGGGGAGAUUGAAUGACGGUGAUUCCCCUGUGCAAUCGUUCGCAGCAACGGUCGUCCGGGUCACUCCGAAGAAAGAGACAGAGACCUUUGUUCUAGAGGAGCCAGGCAUGAAGAAUAGCUCUCAGGGCAGCACUGGAGAGCCCCGAACAGAGAAAGAAGAUGUCGAUAGCUCAUCUUCCUCCACACCACCAAAGCUGCAGCAGCCACUGGAGCCAAAGCGACCCAUUACCCUUUCCACGGCGGAAGACGGCCCAUCAGAAAAAAGUACGGUCGUGAAUGGUGCAAGUGCAGGAGACCAGCCAAAGGACAGUGAAAUACCACUGAGCCAAGAAACUCCUCCAAGAGACUGUCACCUCCAAGAAGACCCUCUGCAUUCUACGGCACCCAGCGAGGCUCAUGCGCAGUUGAGCACUGUGGCGAAUUGCACUGGUAGCGCCAACAGCGGGGGCCCAGAAUUGCCGGAAGGUUCCGCUGAGGCGGAGCGGGGUCUUGAUAAAUUCGACACCAGCAAAGACAUGUGCCCGAAAAAGUUUCCACUGCGGGAGGAUUCUUUCAUGUCACUGCAUUCGUGGAUGCUGCAAUUGGCACGAGGAGGUACACCCAGCGAAUGGGGAAACUUUGACAUCUUUAGGAGCCUUUCCAGUCUGCCUGAAGGGCCAGCUAUUGAGGAGGACCAGGAAGAACUGAAGGAAGAUGUCUUAUUUUAUGAAGCAGAUGGACACUACACAGACACCGGAGAGGAAUACAGUCUUCCUCUGGGGGAACAGCAGCAACUGGUGAAACUUCUCCCCUGUAAUAUCGUUUCCGUGAGGGCCAAACGGCGCAAGUUUUCGUUCAUCUUCGUGCCGUCCGCUGGAUGCCACCUCUUAAUCGACUUGCGCGCCAGCAUGUCCUUAGGGAUGUCCCUUAGCUCCACUUUGGAGCUGGUUUACUGCGGUUCCCCUUCAGCGAUCUAUAAGGAGAUAUCUCCCCUUUGUGCCUCUGCCGGCAGGAAAUGCAUUUUGUCUCUAGAUGGGGCGGGCCUGUAUGCAGCUGUGGGGCAGCUCGUGAUGCUGCGCCAGUUGGAGAAGGAAGUGCGCUUUCUCUUGGGCGACAGAAGAAUCAACUUGACCAGUUGCUUUGACUUUGUUGUUGGCACUGGCACCGGUGCGCUAUUGGCUCUUGCCUUGCUUCGGGGCAUCACUAUAACACGCUUGCUGAAGGAAUGGACGGGUGUUGCAGGAAAGAACCUCGACGAGCUAGCUCCAGAGUGGAGGGAGGCAUUCUUCCUGCAGCUUGUCUCAGGAGUAGAGCCGAAGAUCCUCAGGAGCGAACUCGUUGACAAGUUUGGUUGGCGGUUUCUCAAUACUUUGAAUGCACCUCUCGGCACGAUAACUUGCAGCGACAUCGCACAGUCUCCACCUCAGCAGUUUGUUCUGCGAACGUAUGAGCACACAUCGCCAGCCAGCCAUGUCCGCUCGCUGCGGGGCACCAGCCGUUGUCCCCUUUGGGUAGCUGCGUGGGCUACAAUUGCCUCUCCGGGCAGUUUGAGGCCCAUCAGACCUGCAGACUUGGAAGGCAUGGGGUUUUUCGUGGAGCCGAAAGUCUGUCUCACAGGUUCCACCAGCACAAAUGCUCUUGCGGCAAACCCCACACUUGCAGGGCUCGAAGAAUGUGCACGUCUUGCACACAAGCCACUGCGGAGCUUUAUACACUCGGACCUCCAACUGCUCGUCUCAUUGGGCGCCCGCAAAUUCCUCACAACGUCUUCAGUCCGGCAGGGGCCCUUGGAGCCGUUUGCUACUGAAGGCCUUACCACUGCGACUUUGUUUGCUCAUCGAGAAGCCUUGCAUUGGCUCGCAGACCGUCUGGACGUUUACUUCAGGUUUAACAUGCCCGUAGUUGGAGACAUCAGUCUAUCGCCUACCAACCCACAUGGGCUGACAAAGAUUCUAUCUGUCGCAUCAGAGUACAUUACGGACGAGAAGUUCUUUGAAAUGAAGAAGGCAGCGAAGAUUCUCGCGCACAACAUCAAGGCUAGAAUAGUACAGGGUAAAGCCACCAUUUAA